AUGCGUGACUUAGCUCUGCAAGGCUUCGGAACGAGAUAUGAAGGGGAGGCCUGGGCAACAUACAGCAACCCGGGAGUAAAGAUCUCUUUUAUAAUGAAUGCGGGAGAUAUCACUCCUGUGCGCUGGGCGAUGUGGAUUCUUGCAGCUUCGAACAGAGAUGAGAUUGUCUCGGACGGCGUGCUUCGAUAUGACUUAUCUGGGCAUCCAGAUUGGCAUCUGAAAUUCUUUGCGCCGUACAGGAUUGGUGCGGAGGCCGAGGCGAAACAUACAGAGCUCGCCCCACCGCUGACAUCUGGGCCUGCAUCUGCUAUCAACGGUACAGACCUCAUCUUAAGUAGCCUAACAAAACCGGAGGAUGACACCAAUUCGAACAGCGACGACCUGUGGGCCGAAGUGACCUUCACGACCACUGAGAUCCCGCGAGCAGACAUUUCCAUGUCCAUCGUGCAGGCGCUAUUGAACCUAGGCCCCUUUGAUAGCACGGCGCAGAUUACACAGCCGUUAGCAGUCGUUGGCCCUGCCAUCAUGGUGAAGAUAGAAACCUCCUUCAAGAGAGUGGAGCGCUCUACGCCAUCUUUUUCCAAUUAUGGUCAUAAUGUCAAAUGCCUUGCGGGGACUGCCUUGAGUCAUGUUGAGAGAGGAUAA